GCGCGUGUGUGACGUCAAUGCACACAGAAGAUUCGAAAAGCAUUUUUAGUUAUCAAAGGAGCACGUGUUACAGCCGCACUUUCCAGAAAACUGGGGAGCGAGCUUCUUUGAGAGAUGCAAGGAAGAAUCAAUGGGAAGGCUGCAUUCCACCGAAUGGUGUUAAAGGAUGUUAUAACAAUGACAAAUCUGGAAACACACAGUACCUUUCAGCACUGAAACAACAGAACUAUUCAUCAAGCAUGUUAGCAGGUUCUGCAAUGGGACCCAGCUUAGCGAGCCGGGCCGCAAUCUCCAGUUCUGUCUUUUCCCUGUGCUGCUUCUUCUUCUCUUGGAUCUUCUUCAGUCUGGAACAGUAGGAAGUCACCCUCUACCUGUAAGGAGGCUAACUCCACGAGCAGCUCCACAGCUCGAGCGUAGUUCCUCUUUAACCUGGAAAGCUGCUCUCCUCCUCUGGCCAGACCAGUCAGCUCGUAACCUGAGAGACACGGCAAGGCGAUGCCGGGGCUCAGCUGUCGAUUUUACCAGCACCGGUUCCCAGAGGUGGAGGAUGUGGUGAUGGUGAACGUGAGGUCCAUCGCAGAGAUGGGUGCCUACGUCAGCCUUUUGGAAUACAACAACAUUGAGGGCAUGAUCCUCCUGAGCGAGCUGUCACGUCGACGUAUCCGCUCCAUCAACAAGCUCAUCCGCAUAGGCCGCAACGAGUGUGUGGUCGUCAUCCGAGUAGACAAAGAAAAAGGAUACAUUGAUUUAUCAAAAAGAAGAGUUUCACCAGAGGAGGCCAUCAAGUGUGAAGAUAAAUUCACCAAAUCUAAAACCGUGUACAGCAUCCUGCGACAUGUGGCAGAGGUGCUGGAUUACAGUAAGGACGAGCAGUUAGAGAGCUUGUACCAGCGCACUGCCUGGGUCUUUGAUGAGAAAUACAAGCGGCCAGGAUACGGAGCUUAUGAUGUCUUCAAACAGGCAGUAUCAUCAACAAAGUCACUGGAACGAGAUCCAGCCAUUCUGGACGGUCUGGACUUAACAGAGGAAGAGAGGGCUGUGCUGAUCGAUAAUAUCAACAGGCGACUCACGCCACAGGCUGUCAAAAUCAGAGCAGACAUUGAAGUGGCAUGUUACGGGUAUGAGGGCAUUGAUGCAGUGAAAGAGGCUCUGAGGGCUGGGCUCAGCUGCUCCACAGAGGCAAUGCCCAUCAAGAUCAACCUGAUUGCUCCCCCUCGCUACGUGAUGACGACGACCACUUUGGAGCGCACAGAGGGCCUCUCUGUGCUCAACCAGGCCAUGGCUGCCAUCAAGGAGAAGAUUGAGGAGAAGAGAGGUGUCUUCAACAUCCAGAUGGAACCCAAGGUGGUGACCGACACAGAUGAGACAGAACUUGCCCGGCAGCUGGAGAGGUUAGAGCGGGAAAACGCUGAGGUAGAUGGAGACGAUGAUGCCGAGGAGAUGGAGGCAAAAACGGAGGACUAGAAAUCUAUCCUUGGAGGAAUGCUGGUGGGGAAAAAAAAACAAAAGGAGAAAAUGUGGACAGACCUGGCUACAGUCACUCAUUCCAACAGAUGUUAACUUUCACAUUGCUAAUAUUACCAGGAGUUAAUAGCUCAUUGGCAAAUGUCCCAGUUUGUUCAAUAGCAGGGUUUGUCUCAGAGGAUGGUAAUACAAAAUGCCAUCUUCUCAUCCUGACAUGGAAACAAGGAAAGCUAUAUUUCAAAUGACUCUAAAACAAGCAGUGGCCUUUACUUACCUUUCGCUUAAGAUCCCAGUGUCUUCAGUGUCCAUGGCGCUUCAUGUGUGGCUGGUCACUGGAUGUGACUGAUAAAGGGGAAAGGCAUAGGCUCGUCUCUUCUACACUAGGCAGUGGUGAGUUUUUUUUUGUUUUGUUUUGUUUUGUGCCGUUCCUCUUCCAGGUUAAGGGGGUUUUUACUGGCAAAACCUGCUCUUGUUUAGCUCACAUAGCAUCAAUAAAGUUCUGGAAGUUUUGAUCUCAA